GUCAAACAUUCGUAUUAAAAGUAAAAGCCGGUAAAACGAGAAAAUUUUCUAACCGCGCGAAGAGUUUGUUUCAAUGUUUCCAAAAACAGCAUACAUUAAUUGGUUCAAAUUGAUCAGCGUUGUUUGAUAGCUUCCCUCAUAAUGUCGGUGUUCGAGUCUGACACUACAACAGUUUCAUAUCGAGAAAAAGAAUGCAGAACCAUAUGCGGGGAACGUUUCGUUUACGCCAUAGCUUACAGCAUCGGAGCUCAGUAUGUGCUCUUGGUUGUGUUUCUACUACUAGUCAACCUGAGUCUGUUGCAUCCGGUCGGAUGGCUCUGGGGUUCGUUUCAGCUUUUCUGCUCAAUAACAACAUGGCUUUAUACGAUGCCCCUAAUCAGUGCGAUAAUUAUCUAUGGUAUUAUUCUGGCUAAGUCUUUCUUCACAGGAGGGGAAUGUCCACGAACACGCUUUCAACAGUUGAUAAGAUCAAUGAACCAAAAAUGUGCCCUGCUGCUGGUGAAUUGUGCCAUAGGCUUUCUGACGGCUUGGCUCUAUACGCGUUUUGUGCGAGAGGAUUAUAAUGUUUUGUUUCUGCCCAACAAAAAUGGAACCUACGUUCUGAAUGAGAAAUAUCUAUUCCUGUUGCUGGGCGGAAUGGUGGCCGGAGUUUACUACUUUGUAAAGAACAAAUUCGACAAAAGUACGGUGUACUUUCCCGUUAUACAGCAAGCACGUUUCUUGCAAAUCCGAGCGCAGUUGUACUCUAUACUGUAUCGAUCGCUGUUCAAAUCGUUUGUGCCGACAAUGAUUUACGUAAGUUUUUUCUACAUCUUCGGCAGCGCUUAUUUGCGUUACAAACUAGCAGAUUUUUUCCACGGAGUGACCCUUGCAGAAGAAUCCUUACUGGGAUCGUUCUGCUCGAUUGUUUUUGAUGUACGCAUUAUUCUUUAUUGCUGGAUCUUGUUUUCUCACAUACUGAGCAACAUGAAAUUAAUGCAAAUGAUGAUUUUUAUGUUUUUAACGGAGUACAAGGAAUUUCCGUUGGAGCGAGCCGCAGAAGUAUCGCUGGUUGAAGCGCUAGCGUGUAAGCAGUUUCCCAUCAUCCAACAGCUGGCUGCUUUGAAUUUAUUUUCUAUUGCCGAAGAUUGCGAUCCUAGACGACGCGCUCAGCUGUAUGCCCUAUCGAUCCCUGGUGGACACCCUUACAACUGGAACAGCGUGUCGAAUGAAUGCAUUCGUCUCAUUCGGGAGUUCUCGGUAGAAUUACACAAAUCCAUCCAAAAUGUCACAUUAAAGCCUUCUCCGAAAGUGGCGAAACUACGGCCUACAGCCUCAAUGGAUGCGGAGAAACUUAUUGCCAAACAGUACAACGAAAGCUUCGGCAUUCGUAGCCUAUCGAGUGCAGUGUCCGGAUCAGUACCAGAAGUGCCGAAAACUCAAAACGGAGAUGCCGGUCAAAUUUUGGAUCGCAAAUUCGAUUUGCUGCGAUCGUUGAUUCACUCCAUUCCGGCUUACCGUUUUUUCUUCGUCAAAACGAAACCACAAGCGUGCUAUCUGGAAUCCAACCAGUGCCAGCAAAUCGUAUGGAUCAGCCAGGCGCUGGCAUCGCUAGCGGCACAAUCCAUUGUCGAGGACAAGUUCGGGGUGGUGCAGAAAAGUUUGCCCACAAUUCUCAAAACGCUACUGCAGCUGAAGGAAACCGUCGACCGGAUCAGCACGAUCCAGCUGGACGUGAAACGAAUCGAUCGCAACUAUCUAGCGCUGAAAGCGGCCACCAAGCGGAGCCUGUACCGGAUCACGCACGCUUUCGCCGAUUAUCUGGCCGAUCUAAGGCUCGAGCCGCACGAUCUGGAAGUGCUGCAAGGUUUCGUCCACUAUCGGGAAGUGUAGUGCCGAUCAUCGGUGGUUGCUUGUUGGUGUUUUUUCUUGUGGUAAGCAUUAUUAGUGGUAGCAUUGCCAAUGACUCAUCGAAUAUAAAUUUGAAAAUUGAUUU